AUGCAGAGCGCAGUUGGACUCCUCCUCUCGUCUGCUCCAUCUCCCGCACUCACUUUAACGUCACCGACGAAAGCAUCGUCGUCAUCUUUUGAGACGAAGAAGAUGACGACGCGCGCUUUUCUUUCCUCCGCCGCGCGACGUUUAAGAAAAAGAAGAACGAUUAUUUCUUUGUCCACUCGUGGGGGUGCGCCGUCAGCCGCCGGGGCGAUAACCUCCUCCCCGUGUUCGUAUUCUUACGCGCACGUGAGGAUGAGAAAAGAUGCGACGACGACGACGACGACAACGAAACGAUGCUUUGGCACGACGAGCUUUUCCUCCUCCUCGACGAGAAGUAAAGCGAUCUUGUCCAGCACGGACGACGACGUCGUGCCGGAGAACAUCGAUUUGCAAUUACCGGCGGAUAUGCCCGAGUUCGACGACGAUUACGAAGAGAUUGUGGCAAAAGUGGAUAAAUUGUUCGUCAAGUCGUCCUCGUCGUCUUCGGCUUCUUUAUCCGGUGCUGAAGUCGAAAACGACGACGAAGAGGACGCAGACGAUGCAGACGAGGAGGAAGACUUCGUCGUUGACUCCGACGACGAGGAGGAUGAAGAGGAUGAAGACGUCUUGGUGGCAGAAAUCGACGAGAAAACGAUUAAAGUCUCCGUGGACGCCGACCCGACGUCCAUCAACAACUUCAACUUACACCCGAUCACAAUCGCCGCUUUGAAGAAGAAAGGGAUUGAAACGUUGUUUCCGAUUCAAGUGGCCGCGUUGGAACCGGCGCAGAGUGGGAGAGAUGUCGUGGCGCGAGCAAAGACUGGGACGGGGAAGACGCUGGCGUUUUCUUUGCCAAUCGUGGAGAAGUUUUUGAGAGAAGACGAGGAAGAAAAUAAUCGAGGCGAUGAGGACGGGGAAGGAACGAGGAGGAGAGGGUCGAGAGAUAAAAGACCGCGGUGUAUCGUGCUCGCGCCGACGAGAGAAUUGGCGCAGCAAGUCGAGAGAGAGAUUUAUUCGUUGGCGCCGUCGUUUGAGACGUUGACCGUGUACGGAGGCGCGCCGAUUGGGCCGCAAGAGUCCAAGUUACGCCGAGGCGUCGAUUUCGUCGUCGGUACGCCGGGGAGAGUGAUGGAUUUGUUGAAUCGAGGUACGCUCGAUCUUUCUCGAGUGCAACACGUCGUUUUAGAUGAAGCAGAUCAAAUGCUCGCGGUUGGAUUCGAGGAAGACGUGGAGACGAUUUUGGAAGACGUGCCGAAGAACAGGCAAACGUUUUUGUUCAGCGCGACUAUGCCGCACUGGGUGAAGAAGUUGCAACAGAAAUUCUUGGUGGACCAGGUGAAUAUUGAUUUAGUCGGAGAAGAUACCGGGAAGAUUAACAAGGAUAUUGAUUUGAUGUCCUGUUCGGUUGCGUUUCCAUCGAAAUGUGCUGUGUUGAUGGAUUUGGUUACGGUGCACGCAAAAGGCAACAAAACCAUCGUGUUUACGCAAACGAAGCGAGACGCGGACGAAGUCACCGCGUCGUUAGGGAAGAGAGUCUCGACGGAGGUUUUACACGGCGAUAUCGCCCAAGCGCAACGUGAGAGAACUUUGCAACGUUUUCGCCAGGAUAAGUUUUCGGUUCUAGUCGCCACGGAUGUUGCGGCGAGAGGUUUGGACGUCGAUAACGUCGAUUUAGUCGUGCACUACGAACUUCCGAACGAAACUGAAUCGUUCGUACACAGAUGCGGGCGUACCGGGAGAGCCGGAAAGAAAGGGACCGCGAUUGCGUUGCACACGGACAGAGAGUUUUACAGAUUGCGUGACAUAAAACGGUUUACCGGUGCGGACAUUCGAGAAAUUAAUCCUCCGAGUUCCUCGGAAGUCAUGGCUGCUUCGGCUGCCACCGCGGAACACCGAAUUCACGCGGUCGACGAAGAUGUCCUGGAAUUUUUCUUACCCGCGGCAAAAGAUAUGAUUAGAAACGUACAACAAAAGACUACUAACGACGAUGAAGAAACUGAAACCGAAACUGAAGAUGAAACACUGACGUCCCAGGAAGAGAUUGAACGCAGAGCCCAAGAGCUUCUUGCGAGAGCUUUAGCCGCGCUCAGUGGUCACACCGAGGCGCCUCCGCCAAAAUCGUUGCUCACUGGCUCCCCAGGUCAAGUGACAAUGAUUGUUGAAGAUGUCAACGGUGACUUGCCCGCGUUUUCUGCGCGUGAUUUACUCGCCACCCUUGGCGACAAAGACCGCCGACUCUCCUCAGGUGUCGGUAAAAUCACAUUCUUCGCCCGAAACUCUGGGAAAAAUGGCGCCGCUUUCGACGUCUCUUACGAGUUCGCGCAAGAGCUAUUGGAUAUGGGUACUAUCGCUGGCUUUGAAGUCACGAAAGCGACCGUCUUACCGGAGCUCGCGAGAGACUCUGGAGGCCGAGCAGGCGCGUUUGGCGGUGGCGGGAGAGGCGGAGGCCGAGGCGGAAGAGGCCGAGACGGUUUUUCAAGAGGUGGAGGUCGAGGCGGAGGCCGAUUCUCCCGAGAUGGCGGUGGUCGGGGCGGUUUCUCCAGAGAUCGCGGCGGAGGCGGACGCUUCUCUGGCGGUGGCUUUUCGAGAGGCGGCGAUCGAGGCGGCGGCGGCGGAUAUUCCUCCCGAGACGGCGGAGGCUUCGAACGCAGAGAUGGUGGUGGUUUUGAACGCAGAGACCGCGGCGGCGGUGGUGGUUUUGAACGCAGAGACCGUGGCGGCGGCGGCGGUGGCGGUGGAUAUUCCUCCCGAAGCGGAAACAGUAGAGAAGGUGGUUAUUCCUCCGCCGGCUCUCGAUCCGGCGGCGGUGGCGGCGACUGGUCCAUGCAAUAA